AUGACAAGACGCCAUUCCUUCCCUCAGUUCAUCGCGGAGCUCCUGGAUGGAGUCUCGAUCACGUAUCUGGGGCAUGGCUCUCUGUACACGUUUCGGAACGAAGACACGGGCUGCCAAGCGGAACUAACACGCCAGCGUCUAAGAAACACAGAGAGAGGAAUGCACUUCUUCCAGCAGAUUCUCCAAUGGGAGCACGACGAGGACUGCGGGUGCAUCUGGCCCGGCAAUGCUGGAGAAGUCACCCAGGACUCUCCGCCGGCGCUGUGGGACCAUGCCCAGGAUCUGGUCAACAACGGCGUCAUUCAUGGGGACAUGAUCAUGCUGUUGAUAGGUAAGCUGUUCCUUGGAAUCUCUCUCCCCUCUCCCAUCCGUUACCAAGGUGAGCCUUGCCGGGACACAGAGGUACACCCUGACUUGCUGGAGUUCACGAGCGACUCGGACAAUGCUAGUAUUUUCGACCCUUUUGGUGACAGGUGGGCACUGGUAGAUCGGGAGAGCGACUGUGUCGACCCCUUAAGCGACUUGUCGUCCACAGAUGAGGAGGGGGUAAUGUGCCCUUUUGACCCGCCUGACGGCAGUGACGCCGAACUCCCUCUGAUCGAAUUCGGAGACGUGGACGACCUGAUACUAGCGAUGGAGCCUAUAGACUUGUCAGAUUCGAUGAGCGACUGUCGGUUUGAUCCAAAUGAGACGUUCUAA